AUGGCUGACAGAGAAGAGACAGAGAGAGACACUCAUUCUUCAUCAUCAGAUCAUAGAGAGACACAGAGAAAGACUCAAACACGUUCAUCAAUGGCUAUUACUGUGCCUGUGGCCAGCAAGAAGAAGAAGAAGAAGAUCGAGGACAUGAUAAUGGAGAACGAACUCCCUGUAGGUUUCAGGUUCAACCCCACGGACGACGAGCUUGUCACUCACUUCCUCCGCAACAGGAAUCUCGGAAAACCAACCCCUUUCAACGCUGUCAAGGAGUGUGACUUGUACGGCAAGAAAGAGCCUUGGGAAAUCUGGGACAUGUUUUCCGCCGUGGAUGGAUCACGCGUUGUUAGAGAACUGUAUUUCUUCACGAAGCUCAAGACCUAUAACAAUGGCAGACGCAUUGACAGAAGGGUGGGUUCGGGUUCGGGUACGUGGAAAAAGGAACAUCAGUUGAAGACUCCGGGCCUAGUAGGGGUUGAGAAAAGUAGGUUUACCUAUGAAAACAACGAUGACAAGUCGUCGAAGUCGUCUUCUUCGUCGUCCUCGAAGUCGGGACGAAAUGGUAAAUGGAAUUUGAUUGAGUACAAAGACUUGAACCCUCCAAAUCAAGAUUCCAAUGAGUAUGUUGUUUGCCGGCUGUCAUAUAGUGGAAAAUGGAGGAAUAACCAUUGA